AUGUUGCGAACCACAAGGAGCGAUGAACAAUUUCUGAGGGGCAAGGGUGCGCAAGUGGAUUUGGCUACAGGUUCGGUGACGCUGCGCCAGUUGGACGGAUAUGGCGCCCUGCUGACAGAGUCCGCAAACGAUCGCGCCACUAUCAAAAUGACUGGGGGCCUGCGAGGGGAGGCGUCUUCAACUUUGCCGUGGAACUGGCAAAGUGGGUGUGCGGACGUUUUCCUCGCUGGACCUCCGCGCAGAUCGACUUCCUGGAUGAGGUUGAAUGAGUUGAAUGGUCCUGGUCCAGCGCCGCUGAAAAGGAGGGAAGGAUUCUGA